AAAAAAGAGAGAACUGGAAUUAAAAGUGAAAAACUGAAGACCAGACUCUAGAAUCUGGUCAUCAGACUUUUAUCAAAGGUGGAAAACAUUCUUAAAGCCGAUUACUCGUAUGUUUAUCGAUAUAAUAAAUAUAAUUGAUCGAAUGAAAAUUGUAUAUUGAUAUGUGUGUUGUGAUUAUAUGAUAUUAUACACACGAACAAGGCCUUCGUUUUUACAGUGCAAAAAUUUCUUAUCGACGUCUCUUUUCCUGUCAGAAACAUAGUUCGUUGACCAUGGCCGCCACUAGAAGACUUCAAAAAGAAUUAGCUGAUAUCCGUGAUUCUGGAUUGAAGUCUUUCCGUGAUAUUCAAGUUGAUGAAACAAACAUAUUAGCCUGGCAAGGGUUAAUUUUACCUGAAAAUCCUCCAUAUAAUAAAGGAGCUUUUAGAAUAGAAAUUAAUUUUCCAGCAGAAUACCCAUUUAAACCACCUAAAAUAAAUUUUAAAACUAAAAUUUACCAUCCUAAUAUUGAUGAAAAGGGUCAAGUGUGUUUGCCAAUCAUAAGUGCAGAAAAUUGGAAACCAGCUACAAAGGCUGAUCAAGUUAUUCAAGCUUUAAUAGCUCUAGUCAAUGAUCCUGAACCAGAACAUCCUCUACGCGCAGAAUUAGCUGAAGAGUAUUUGAAAGAUCGUAAAAAGUUUUUUAAAAAUGCUGAAGAUUACGCCAAAAAAUUUGGUGAAAAAAGACCGUCUGAUUAGAAUGUAAUCUUGAUGUUUCUAUACACUUGAACGUUGUUAAAUUAUGAUCAACACCAACUUCAUUACACUAUAUUAUACUAUAAACAACGACAACAAGUUUUCACCAAUAUGUGUAAACACACAAUUUCGAGCAAUUAGUUGAGUUUACAAGAUUGUAACCAAUAUUUCUAUGGCCUCAAUAAAUACUAUAAUUUAAAAAAAA